UCUAGGAAAAACGAGCCACGCAAGUUGUUUGCUAGCCACUAAAGGCAAUUGGGCCGGUCAAGUACCACCUGAUUGGAUACCGAUCAUGACGCAACCAAUGGGGCGUGUUAGGCAGUCACGGCCAUAUUUUUAUUAUAGUUCAGCGACGGUAAAACUAUAUAUCUAAAGUGAGAGUUUGAGUCUAUCAAGAAAGCAGAACCGCCAUAUACUGGGUGACAUCAACUGUCAAUUAUUCAGUUAAAGGAGAGAGCAGUCAUGUCAUCCCCAGAAAUUGCAUCUCUAUCCUGGGGCCAUAUAAAGGUCAAAGGUUGUGCUUCUUCCUACAAAGAUUGCAAGGUGUGGCCAGGUGGCAGUCGAGAAUGGGACUGGAGAGAGACUGGGACAGAUCAUCAUCCAGGUGUCCAGCCAGCCGACCUGGAGGAAAUCUUGAGAAAAGGAGUUCAGACGCUGGUUAUAGGAAGAGGAAUGAGUGAAGCAUUACAGGUGCCUCCCACUACAGUGGAACAUGUAAAGAAACAGGGCGUGGAUGUAAAGGUACUGCAGACUGAGAAGGCUGUGAGAGAGUACAACAUCCUUGCAGGACAGGGGGCUAAAGUGGGAGGAGUUUUCCAUUCCACCUGCUGAAGAUACCGAGCGUCUCAGCCGCGUGUUAAAAAAUCUAAAAGCAACGCCUAAACCUUUUGUUAUUUAAUUUUCAUGAAAAGGCUGUUCAAAUAUUUUAAUUCUUUAAUAAAAUUACAGUAUUUACAACUCACAAAAGACAAGGAUUUAUGAUGUAAAAACUACAGAUCAAUAUUUUCUGCCAAAAUAAAAUCAACGUUAAGGAAAA